AUGUCUUUCAAUCCCCCGAACCAUAGCUCUGGGUUUGGUCGUUCCCAUGCCGCCGACACAGCUUCCACACCAAGCCCCACAGACCAAUCCGAGUCUGUUGCCGAUUCUUCCACUGGUCAAGAACCUGCUGGUCAACCUCACCAUCACUCGAAUAAGAAAAGACGCUCCUCGAAGAGCAGCAAAGCGGGAGAACUCCGCAAGUCCUCAUCAACUCCACACAUGCGCCAUUUAGCACUUGGGAACCCUGGCGACCUGUCGCCGACAAGUAACAAGCCGCGGAAUAAGUUGGGCUAUCAUAGAACUUCGGUCGCAUGUGCUCCAGACGAUCCUGCAGGCCGUUGCUCCAACUGCAUUCGGCUGAAAAAAGAAUGCAACUUCUACCCAGUUGAGCAUAACCCCGAUCUGCCGCAUGUCCCGACUAUCUCGUCGAAAUCUGGUAGCGCAGUACAACCAGCUACACCAGUCGCUACUUCACCUCGGCAUAGCGAUGCCAUGGGCGAAUUCCGCACACCAUUCUCUGGACCUGCGUCAAACGGUCAACCUCCAAGCUUUGGGUAUCACGGCGAUCAUGAAAGCGACCGUCACCAAGUGCCUGUCGAUGGCCUACAGCAUCCCUCUUAUCCAUACCCUCCUCCUAUAGAAACCCAGUGGCCAUCAGCGAACGGUUUCUUACCUUCAUCUACCGUAGCCGAGAGCCCCUCAUGGCGUAACUCACCUUCGACAGCAAACUCAGCAUAUGGCAGUGAGUCAAACGUUUCAGGUGGUCAUACACCAGCCGCAAUGAGUACGAGCUCGACUAUGUCCUAUGGUCACCAGGACUCUCAUUGGGGUCAGCAACCACCAUUCCAACCGCCAACGCGCUCGAUGUCAUACGGCAACAUAGAAGGACUUCCCCAACAAUAUUCUGGUCAAGGCCUUGGCAUUCAGCACGAAAACUACCGACGUACUUCUCAGUAUCCAUACCCGACUACCAUAGACACAAAUCCUUCCACAAUGCACGCGACCACGGUAGGCGGAUCUACGUCAGCACCCCUAUCCGCGCCCGUCGUUCCUAAUCACUCUUAUUACCCAGCUCCCUGGUCAUCAUACGACGGAAUGCCAAACCACGGUCCACCAAUGCCUUCAUCUGGACGAUCAAUGAGUGCGCAGUGGUAUGCAGAACCGGGACAUCUAGAUCGGGUACAAGAGGAGGUCACUCCACCAAUGGCAUACCACCAUCAGGGCUUGCCACAGUUCUACUCUGGAGCAUAG